AUGAGGAAAUGGAAAAUUGAGCAGAGCUUUUGCCUCCACCUUGACGUAGAAGAUAAAAAUUUAGACAAAACAAAUAAAAGACUUAAAACAAAAUCUUUCCAACAACGACAUCAUCUCCCAUUCUUUACCACUCAACUAAAACUGGACGCAUAUAUAGAUUAUAUAAUCUGCAAAAACAUUGAUGACCUGGACGGCGGUGUGGUGCAUGGUCGGCCGUUGGUCGGGAAUCAUGCGGCGGACCACAUCAUUGAACUAAUAGGAAACCGCAUUGUGGACCCCACCACAAUCGUUUCUUCUCCAUCCUUGUGGUAA